ACGACGUUUCCGGGUUCUGAUCCUCCUCGUCUUCUUCUCCGGCGGGAAUGCAGAAAACAAUGAAGAGAAAACGAGAAGCGGAAGAAGGAGAGAGGAAGAAGAACAUGGAGAUUGUUUGGGAAACUCCGGCGAAUCCUCCUCAGAAACAGGACUACAUCUUUCGUAACGGGAAGCGCUACGUCAGACCUUACUACUUCGAGUUCAUUUCUCAUGUUAACAAACGGUGGGAAGGGAAAACAAUCGUGGAUUUAUUUGCGCAAGAGUUCAGAGGCCGUCCUUAUGAGUACUAUGUUAGUGCAGUCAAAAGUGGACGGAUACAAGUAGAUGGAGAGAUUGUGCCAGUUUCAUAUAUAGUUAAACGUACACAGAAGAUAAGCCACUUCUUACACAGGCAUGAACCACCCGUGAUGGCUUCCACUGUCACGAUUCUUGAGAAGGAACCGGAUGUAUUAACAGUUUGCAAACCAGCAUCUGUUCCUGUGCAUCCAUGUGGUCAAUAUCGUAAAAACACAGUCGUUGGCAUUCUCCAGGCAGAACGUGACCUGGCACCUCUACUUCCUAUUCAUCGACUGGAUCGUCUUGUCUCUGGACUACUUAUCUUCGCCAGAAAUCCUGCUAAAGCUGACUUUUUUAGGCAACAGAUUGAAGCUGGAAUGGUGAAGAAACAAUAUGUAGCAAAGGUCAUUGGGGUUUUUCCUGACAGUGAGCGAGUAGUUGAUGCCAAUGUAGAUUAUAAUGCUAAAGAGGGAAGGAGCACCGCUGAGGUUGGCGUUUCUAAUGAUGAUACUCCCUUGAAAGGAAAGGCCGCUUGUACAAAGUUUACUAGGAUUAGUACCGAUGGAACAUAUAGCAUUGUCUUGUGUGAACCUGUCACUGGCCGAACUCAUCAAAUACGUGUGCAUUUGCAAUAUAUAGGCCAUCCAAUAGCCAAUGACAUGCUCUAUGUGUCUGAAAAUGUUAUUGAUCGGUCUAUUGAAGGAAUGAGUGCUGAUAGAGCUGCAGCUAUUUCUCAAGGUUAUCAAACAGUGAGUUUUAGCAAGAAUCUUGAGGAUGAAAACCAGUGUUCCAGCAAAGAUUUCAGCAUUGAUCCUAUGUGUUCACACUGUCCAAAUUUAGCUCCAAAUGGAUAUGAUGAGCAUGAAGAGGGCUUAUGGCUACAUUGUGUUCGGUACUCUGGACCAGGAUGGAUUUAUAAAUGUCCAUAUCCUGACUGGGCAUCGCUUAGCUAAUUUCUUAUCCCUUUACUUCCUGAAAAGAGUUGUGUUCUUUUCUUUUCUUAUAAUUUUUGAAAAUUUUAAAGUUAAACCUUCUUUUGUUGGAAGAGAAUUAAUUUUCCCUUACGGAACAAUAUUCUUUACAAAGUAAUGUUUAAAUUGAAAAUGUAUAACUAAUUAAUGUUGGAAUUCAAA